GCCAUUGGUAUUGGACGUGAAAUAUGGCGUCACCUGCUCUUGGGAAACUGGUGUGGAGUGGAAAACUAUGGAUGUCGUGUUUCUUCGUUUUGUUCUUUCCAAACUUCAUACGAUGCGAGGGAGAGGUCCGCCUUGUUGACGGUCCCACUGCAAACCAAGGUCGGGUUGAGAUUUACCAUGAUGGCCAGUGGGGGACAGUAUGUGAUGACUUGUGGGAUGACCUUGACGCGAGGGUAGUUUGUCGACAGCUUGGAUACUCAGGCAAUGUUGGUGAAGCCAGGAGUGGUGGUACAUACGGAGAAGGAUCUGACCCGGUAUACCUGUAUUAUGUCGCCUGUUCGGGAUAUGAAUCCAGGUUGACCGAUUGUGGUAUUACCAGUUGGGGCACCUAUUACUGCGGUCAUGAUGAAGAUGCUGGAGUUUACUGUGGAGAUGAAAUAGAUGGAGACAUAAGGCUGGUUGAUGCAAAUGGUGGGUUAAGUUCAGAUGAAGGCAGGGUUGAGAUCUUCCAUGAUUACCAAUGGGGGACAGUCUGUGAUGACAGUUGGGAUGACAUUGACGCGAGUGUAGUUUGUCGACAGCUUGGAUACUCAGGCAAUGUUGGCGUAGCCAGGAGUGGUGGUACAUACGGACAAGGAUCUGACCCCAUAUACCUUGAUGAUGUCGGCUGUUCGGGAUAUGAAUCCAGGUUGAGAUAUUGCAGUAAUCCCGGAUGGGGCAACCACGACUGCGGACAUUAUGAAGAUGCUGGAGUUUUCUGUGGAGAUGAAAUAGAUGGAGACAUCCGGCUGGUUGAUGCAAAUGAUGGGUUCAGCUCCUAUAAAGGCAGGGUUGAGAUCUUCCAUGAUUUUCAAUGGGGGACAGUCUGUGAUGACAGUUGGGAUGACCUUGACGCGAGGGUAGUUUGUCGACAGCUUGGAUACUCGGGCAAUAUUGGUGUAGCCAGGAGUGGUGGUACAUACGGACAAGGAUCUGACCCGAUAUACCUUGAUGAUGUCGGCUGUUUGGGACAUGAAUCCAGGUUGACUGAUUGCAGUAAUCGCGGAUGGGGCAACACCAACUGCGGACAUUCUGAAGAUGCUGGAAUCUCCUGUGGAGAUGACAUAGAGGGAGAAAUCCGGCUGGUUGACGGGUACAGUUCAGAUGAAGGCAGGGUUGAGAUCUUCCAUGAAGGUCAAUGGGGAACAGUCUGUGAUGACAGUUGGGAUGACCUUGACGCGAGUGUAGUUUGUCGACAGCUUGGAUACUCAGGCAACGGUGGUGUAGCCAGGAGUGGUGGUAUAUACGGACAAGGAUCUGACCCGAUAUACCUUGAUAACGUCGGAUGUGCGGGAUCUGAAUCCAGGUUGAUUGAUUGCAGUAAAAGCGAAUGGGGCGACCACAACUGUAUACAUUCUGAAGAUGCUGGAGUACAGUGUGAGGAUUCUCCAACUCAGACUCCAACUCAGCCUGCGGUGAAAACAUCUUCACGUGUCGUGAGCGUCAUGGCAUCUGUAGGUGUGUGCUUGUCCGUGCUGACCAUGCUAUCCUUCAUAGCCGUAUGUUGGACCUGCAGUACAUCGAAGACGGCCGUUACACCCAGGCCAUCGGAACCAGCGAUUCCUCUCAAUACCCUGAGUACUCACCCUGCGGGCACCAACAUCCAAACAGCCACUGCAUCGAAUGGAAACUCUGGUGUGGCGUGUCAACAAACUAUGCGUAUAUACCCACACGAUGCAAACUUAAACUGUAUGCCACUGCCUAAUCAACCAACACACUAAUACUCCAGUCACACCAACAAGACCAACACUAGACCAAAACCAAAACAACCCCCCACCCCCACCCCCC